AUGGGAUAAGGUUGUUGUUCAAAGACCGUGACAGAACCCUUAUUCGUUGACCCUCCAGAACUCAUGUACCCUUUAACAUAUAAACACUCGAAUACAAUCCUGAUCACUCCUGAAGAUACUCAACCAGAAAACAUGGCAAAUAUCACCUUUUUGGAUACCUCAACACAGCAAGAAGAUACAGAUCUCAUUUUUUCCAGCGAUGCUAUUCCUUACAAAAGAAAACCUUAAAUUGAAAAUGAAUUCGUUCGACAUACAAUAUCAAAAUUUGGUAAGUAUCGACCAAAGCAAAUUCCUUCCGAUAAUAAAAAAAUCACAACUUAUCCACCUUAUUAAUUUAAUGAAUCUAAUGUAAUUUAUGUUGGAGGAUGGAAAACAGGAUAAAGGAGUGGCUAUGGUAUAUAGUACUGGCCAUCAGGUAGCAUUUAUGUAGGAGAAUGGAAAAAUGAUAAAGCAAAUGGACAUGGAAGAAUGAUACAUUAAAAUGGAGAUAUGUAUGAAGGAUAUUGGCAAUAAGAUUAGGCACAAGGAGAAGGAAUGUUUUAUCAUAAUGAUGGAGCAUUUUAUUAAGGGGAAUGGAGACAAGAUUUAUAGGACGGAAGAGGCAGAGAAGUCUGGCCAGAUGGAGCAUGGUAUGAUGGGGAGUUUGUUAAAGGAAAAAAAGAAGGAAGAGGGAAAUACACCUUUUCUGAUGGGUCUUAUUAUGAAGGAGAAUUUAUUGACAAUUAAAUUCAAGGUGAAGGUUUGUAUGUGUGGGUUGAUGGUCGUAAAUAUAAGGGGAGUUGGUUGUAAGGAAAGAUGAAUGGAAAAGGGGAGUUCAAUUGGCCAGAUGGCAAGAAAUAUGUAGGCAACUAUAAAAAUGGAAGAAAAGAUGGAUAUGGGGAGAUGCAAUUUCAGGAUGGAUCAAAUUAUAAGGGAUAUUGGAAAGAAGGAAAUAUGCAUGGAGCUGGUACAUUAAAGUAAUUUGGUCAAGAGAAAAUAGGGGAAUGGUUUGAAGGUAAAUUCUAAAGGGAUUGA